AUGGACCUCAGUCACUGCACACACCUGAUAAUCGUCUGCUGCCACGCGAUAUACCUCGGGGGACCGACCAAGGGCGCCUCUGAAGAUGAAUGGUUAAUAGAGUCCUUCCAGAAGGGCGAAACACCUACUUAUACCCAGCAUGUUAAGGCUGGGUUGGAGUUGUUAGACGGUGAUCCUGAAGGGUUUCUUGUGUUUUCAGGAGGCGCCACGAAGAAAGACCGAACGGCGUUGACAGAGGGGGAGUCAUACCUCAACCUAGCAAAAGACAACAGCCUCUUCUCAUUCAACGUCCCCCCCUCACAAAUCCACCCCGAAAUCCACGCCGUAGACUCCUACCAAAACGUGCUCUUUUCACUCCUUCACUUCCGACUUGUGACUGGCGUCUAUCCCCGACGGAUCAGCGUCGUGACGCACGAAUUCAAGCGGCGGAGGUUCAUGGAGUGGCAUUUCCCGGCUCUUGGGUUGCGGCCGGUGUUUUCCUCUUCUACUUCUACUGUGAGAGUCAUCGGCAUCAACCCCCCCGAGGAAAUUGCGCCGCUGGAAGGGCUACUUGCCGGGGAAGAGAACAGCGGGAUUGGGCUUUGGAGGAAUGAUCCAUAUGGGGUUUUGGGGGAGCUGGCUGCGAAGAGGAGGAAGAGAGGGUGGGUGGGUGGGAUGGAGAGGGGAGUGUUUGUUGGGGUUGGGUUGGAGGGGGUUGUGGAGGAGUUGGUUUGUUGGGAUGGGGAUGGGGGGCGUGGUUUGGGAGGUUGGAAGGGUUGCCCUGGUUUGAGUGGUUUUGUUCGUGAUCUGCUUGUGAGGAGAUGGGGUUUGCGUGAUAAUAGAGACGAGGUUAGAGAGAUUGUUUAUGUUAUUCGUGAGUCAUUUGUAUUUGUGUAG